CCUGGAUUUGGCGAAAGCGAAUAUGGGUCGUGGCGGGUCCAUGAAAGAGCAAACCUCGUCGUCGGGGUCCUCUCGAGGCGCUGCGACCCCGCGGACGCGCUCCGGAUCAAAAUCCUUGGCGGACGAGGUGGUACGCCGGUUGACAAGCUUGGGCAGCAAAAGCAGGGUGCACGUGGACGGCAUUUCGUCCGGGACUACAGCUCCUUCGUUUAUGCAGCCGGACGUUUCGGUUUCAGCUCCCGCAAUGACUUCUGUCGCACCUGCCCCGCGUUUUUCGGGAUCAUCUGCCUUGGGUCCACCGCCGGCUGCCGGACCUGCGGCUACACAAAAUCCCAAGGCCGGCCAGGAAGACGGCAUAGAGGACGGCGAGGAUUUGAUUGAAUUGUACGCCCGCGCGGUGCUGGCUUCGCUAGAGAACUUUGCUGGCUCCGAAGUUUUGCAUUUCGGGCCGCACGUGGCUAGCAGUUUGCUGAAGGGUAACAUCAACCUCAGCAGCACCGUAUCCGAGAUCCGUGUCAAUAUUGAUCCUGCAGCUACGAAUCUUACAACAGAAGUAUCCUCCGAUACAACUACAACACCAGCGACCGCACAGCUUCUGCAACGCGAGGCGCUUCGUGCGCGCUCGAUUCUUUCUCGCACAUACUUCCAUUACUUGAUCCGCGUCACGAGGCCAAGGGCUGUGCCGAGUUUACCGCCGAAAGACUUGGACGCGUUUUGGGCGGAUAAUGUCGUGCAUUGCGGUUUGUGUGCCUUUCGGAUGCUGUUUGCAGUCCGGCUGGUGGCGGAGCUGUGUGCCUCUAGUACAGGGGCGCCGUCCGCUUCCGCAGCCAAUACGAUCCGCAUGUUUGCCCCACGCAUUGCACUCCAUCCUCGAGAUGUCCCGGCAACAGAAGCGUAUGGAACAAAGCCGGAGUCCGUGGUGACUAUCCAUUCGGCACAUUUCAAACCGCUCCUGUGCAUCCUCGAUCAGUUCUGCGGAGACUCUUCUCGCGAAGUCACCAGGGUACCACUGACUUGUUGUGAUGGGCGCUGAUGUUGAAGUCUUGUGUGUAGUUCCUUGAAGCUCGUACUAGCGGUGCCGUUUUUUACAUCGCAUUGACUUUUGGAUCUUACGUUGAAUAAAUACGACAGGUUCGCCUGACCAUAUCUGAUUUGCUCGGCCUUCGUGUUACCAAGGAAGGCAGCGUGACGCGAAGUCCCUUGCCAGGGCGGGUCGACGUUGGUUGGCGGCUCGUACCGAACCCGACCGAGUUCCCCUUCGACCGAAUUUUGGCGCUCAAUCGCGAGUUCGAGAAAGCCUGUCCGGAGACGUACGAAAAGCUCUGUUUCCAGCUGGAGUCCUACUUUGAAGAGGCAAACGAGGCCGAGCAGCAGGGGCGAGAAUCUGACCUGUGGGCACUGAUGAAAACCGGAUCCUUCUCCCCGGUCCGUGGCAACCGGGACGAGCGGGAGGCGGAGGCCAUAUACGAGAAGUUCGCGAGCGACGCAGGUCUGCGGCUGGCCGUCACCGCUUCGGCCGCCAAGACCCUAGCGGCGCAGGAGGCCGCAAAAGCGGGUGCGCAGGCAUUGGAUAACUUGAUGCUGCAAGAGGGUGGAACAACUUCUGCGGACGAACCGCGGCCGAGUCUGCUGAUCACACCGUCGACGCCACUCGAAGCGGCCGCGCGUACUAGUACCGCCGCCCCCACCGCAUCCGCGCCGCGCGUCUCCCUGACGAAGUUUAUCGGGGUGCGCACCCUUCCGGAGUGCCUCGACCGCUUGUGUGUCGUGGCGAAGGCCGAAACCGAGAAGUUUGGGGAUGGAAUCGAGCUUGUAUUCUCGCCAGACACGGAGGACGUUGCCUUACCCUUUGGAUCAUCAGGCGCUCCCGCUGCAGGAGGUACUAGGGGCGUGCAGGCGUGCACCGCACAACCGAGAGCAAAUACGGCGAAAAUCAGUCGUCGCCUGCAUGCGCGUGCAGAGCUUUCUGUCAUUGGCCGGAAGCUGGGGGCGGUGUGCAAGUUGGUCUCGAUGGAUUACACCAUGCAAGCGCUGCUUCGCAGCUUCGAGGCGGAAGAUUCGGACCACCUGGGGAGAAAGCGGUGGAAGAAAAUCAGUGCAGUACUUCAACAGACGGACGGUCUAUCCCGGCCCGUUCUGGACGCACUGGCGAUGAUCGCCGAUCCCCAUUUUCACCAUUUUCCAGCGGUGGACACCGCGGGUCGUGCGGCAGGAGGACUACACGCUCCGGACUUAUUAACCGUGAUUGCCGCUGCCCAGAACGACGCGGCAGCGCGGUCCUCCGCCCUGUCAGCGUCGAAAGCACCCAUCUACGACGAGCGUUCUGGGGAGGUGCUGGACAAGAAGCGUCACACGGCGAACUUGCUCCGUCUGCACCCCACAGAAGAGAAAAAAAACCGCAACCCACUCGCUAGAGACUCAGCGCUUUUUCUGGAUGUCGUGUUUCCACGACUCGAUGCGGUAAAGGGCGCGACUUCGGGGUCAUCACGAUCUUCGGCGACCGCAACGACCAGCAACCUGGUCAUGUCUGGCGAAAGUGGUAGCACUCCCGCGGGAUUAAGCAAGCCCGUGUUUCGGCAGCGUUUGUGCGCGGCACUGGGAAUUGCGGACCUGAAUACCGUCAACGAUGCGGAGGGACUCGACUCCUUCCGAACCAAGCAAAUGGUACGGCAAUUCUGCAACCAGUCAGCGGAGUUCUGGGAGUACUGGGAUUUGAGCAGCUCUACUCAGCGAGAAGACUACCUCGGGUACCACACCCCGUUCCGGCCUGAGGCACUGUUGGUGUCCUCUUCGACCCUGCAGGACGAGCUGAGCUUUGCAUUUUGGGACCAGCAAAGCUUGCUACCUCGCCGCUGCUUUCAAGGUAAAAAUGCACUGCAAUUGUUGAGACCGCCACGCCCUGGGGCUCUGAUUCUCUUUUGCUUGUGCUUACGUAAUAUGCGACUUACAGCAGUCCUCGAUUAGGAUUUUUUGAAGCUACUGCUCUGGUUCACAAUCCCUACAGGACGGCUAUGUGCGCAAGUGUGGAUCGCCUUACGGUACUUCCCUGGGGGUUUCGGUGCGUGGGAAGAGUUUCUAGAAACUAGCCGAGUGGAUCUGUGCAGCGGGUUUCGCACCAAUUUCGACGACCGGUCGUGGUGCCGGGUCGUGCUUUUUCAAGCCAUCUUGGUUGUCCUGGAGCUGUACGAGGGAGAUUUCGGGCUGUCCCGAGGUGAAAUGCGAGACUGGUUGCUCGAUUUCUUGACCGAGAUUCUCGCGCAUCUCCAGACUUCUUGUACCAGAAGUAGUUAAAUAGAGGACGCAGGAGCCAGCUGUGCUGGGAGCACGAGUGCUCGUCCCAUUCUGAUCAAUUUGAACAAUCUGAAAAUCAUCUGAAAUCCGAUACUCAAAUAGUAGUAUGCACCUGGAAGUAGACACUGUUGGGUGCAGAUGCCAAUCCGAAUGAUACUCAUGUAGUAUGCAGCUUCUCCGGAAGUUGUCGAAGAGACCGAGACGCGUGUGUGCGUGAUUAUUUUUCAACACGAGCGCGCCGAGACGUUUGAUAUUUAGCCCAGUAUUAGCAUAACAUUCUAAGAAUCAUGGAAGAUGACGAUGAGCUAGAGUGCGACGAUACGCCAUUAAAUUCAUUUCCGUGGUCAUGUAACAACUGCAGAG